CUUUCAUGAAUCUCAGUGACGGGUGAAGGAGACUGGAAAUGAAGAAAUUACUGGGCAAUUGGCUACUGGCUUAUUAUGAACCUUUUCGUCAUUCGUCGGAACAGAGAGGGAAAUAGCUUGGGGGAUGGGUCAAUGGCGAAGCAAUUAUUCGUAUCAGAUGCCUUCAGAUCAUUGAAGCCCAAUCGUUCUCUUCCCAAACUGAAAGCUUCUCCUUCAUCGGCACCUUCAAAUUCCUUACCGAUCAAAUCAUCCCAGUCUCCUCCCUCUCCGUCGACCUCCGCAUCAAAAUCAAACUCGCCGUGGUCGGUGUACUUGAUCUUGUCUACCAAUCCGCCUAUCAAAACCUACGUAGGAGUCACCACCAAUUUCACCCGCCGUUUGAAGCAACAUAACGGUGAUCUUAAAGGAGGUGCAAAAGCAUCUCGUUCUGGAAGGCCAUGGAUAUGUGCAUGCCUUAUUGGAGGAUUUAAAGACAGAAGUGAAGCUUGUACUUUUGAAUCAAGAUGGAAACAACUUUCCAAGAAACUGCCACGUAAAGGAAAAAGCAAUGGGCUGCAGAAGCUGGAAGAAACUAAAUCUGUUGUUUUAUUGAAACAUAGAUAUGCAGCUCUGGAUCAAAAUUGCAGCCUUGUCAUUUCUUCCAGACACAAGCAAGAUGCACUGACUUCUGUCUAUACAUGUAUGUAUGCUUACAACACAUUAGAGUUAUGUUUGUUGGGUCGGCACCGUAUUGUCAAUAUAGAAACUGUCUACAAUUGUGUUUUUGAAGAAAAAAUCAUGGCACACCUGAUAAAGUACUUCUGUGUGAGGUUAGGGUCUCGCGGUUCAAGUCUUGGACCUCUUGUAAAAAAAAUGUGAGGUAAGGUUUGCCUACACAUCCAUGUGGUUCACUAGUCUGCCCUUUAGAAGAUGUAGUAGUGAAGCUACAGUUUUGUCUAAAAUGGUUGAUUUUUUUUUGGUGAAUUGUCAGAAAGUUGUUUGUUUACUCAAUAAGGUUGUAAAUACUAU